AUGGAUCACUCUCAAAAGAUUGGGGUUACCUCAGGAACUCCACUUUCAGAUGUGGGAUCAUAUAGACGUUUAAUUGGAAGACUUCUCUAUCUGACCACUACACGUCCAGAUAUAUCAUUUGCAGUUAAUCAAUCGAGUCAGUUUUUGUCUGCACCUACUGAUGUUCAUGAAGCAGCUGCAUAUCGAGUUCUCAAGUACAUUAAAGGCAACCCUGGCUGUGGUCUUUUUUAUCCAGCAGCUUCUUCAACUGUCCUCACAGCCUUUAGUGAUUCAGACUGGGCAGGGUGUGUGGACACCCGCAAAUCUAUCACUAGAUAUUGCAUGUUCUUAGGGUCUUCUCUGAUAUCUUGGAGAUCUAAGAAACAGAAUACUGCUUCUCGUUCUUCUUGUGAAGCAGAGUACCGGGCAAUGGCAGCAGCAGUGUGUGAAGUUCAAUGGUUGAGCUAUCUUUUGAAGGAUCUUCAAGCUUCACCUACUUCACCUGUUUUUGCUACUCGGGAGGAGCUUUUGGAUUGGGCUAAGAAUGUAGGAAAGCAACAUGGCUUUGUGAUCAUAAUUAGAAGGUCUGAUUGUGGCAAGGGCCGUGGGAGUAAAGGCAGACAGGUGGCUACUUUGGUGUGCGAGAUGAGCGGAAAGUACAAACCAUACAAGCCUGUGUUGGUGCGGAAGGGGACAUGA